GCAGUAGCUCUUCCCAGCCGCGUGCUGCUUCUCUCCCUUUUAAUUCCAGGGACCUCCCCACCCCUCCCCGCUUCCCUCGCUCUGCUCUCUCAGCCCCAGAGCGCAGGGCAGGCACAGACUCGCUGUCCACCUCUUGCUCUUUGGACUCCCUCAGUCUUGGGCCCUCCCAUGUGUAUGUGUCUGUCUGUCUGUCUCUCCAUGCGUGUGUCUUUCUCCCUCCUUCUCUUCCCCUGCCCUCUCCUUUUGUCCCCUGGCUCCCUCUGCAUUUUCUUGGUCACUCAGUCCUGCUUGCUCCUCUUCCUCUCUCCCGAGAGCCCCUUCUUGCUUUCUCUCUCCUGCCCGGGCUCCCUGGCACCCCGCCCUGCAGGGCUGUGACAGAGGCUUCCGUGCAGGGCCCCGGGGCUUGGGCGGUGCAGCUUGGAGCCUCCUGUGGCAUCCGCUGGAGAGGCCCUAGGGUCACUGCAUUUCCUCUCGGGGGUGACUUGGCAGUGAGAGGUUGUUUCCUCACUUCUGCAAUUGCCAGACAGCGCCGAGGCUGGCCGGGGCCCGGGACCCGCACGGAGGUGCGCGGGCUGUGCAGUGGCAGCCCCUAGCACCACCACAGGCAUAGCCAGGACCCGAUGACCAGUGACCCUUCCAGUCCUGAGAGAUGGAGCCACACAAUUCCUCCCGGGUAGAUUCUGAGUUCCGAUACACCCUCUUCCCAAUUGUUUACAGCAUCAUCUUUGUGCUGGGGGUUGUUGCCAAUGGCUACGUGCUAUGGGUCUUUGCCCACCUGUACCCUUCCAAGAAACUCAACGAGAUCAAGAUCUUCAUGGUGAACCUCACCGUGGCGGACCUGCUUUUCCUGAUCACCUUGCCACUGUGGAUCAUCUACUACCACAACCAGGGCAACUGGAUCCUGCCCAAAUUCCUGUGCAAUCUGGCCGGCUGUCUCUUCUUCAUCAACACCUACUGCUCUGUGGCUUUCCUGGGCGUCAUCACAUACAACCGCUUCCAGGCGGUGACCCAGCCCAUCCAGACUGCUCAGGCCACCACCCGCAAGCGUGGCAUCGCUUUGUCUCUGGUCAUCUGGGUGUCCAUCUCGGCCGCCGCGACCUACUUCCUCAUCCUGGACUCCACCAACAUUGUGGCCGACAAGGCGGGCUCGGGCAACGUCACCCGCUGCUUUGAGCACUACGAGAAGGGCAGCAUGCCAGUCCUCCUCAUCCACAUCUUCAUCGUGGCCAGCUUCUUCAUCGUCUUCCUCAUCAUCCUCAUCUGCAACCUGGUCAUCAUCCGCACGCUGCUGACGCAGCCGGUGCAGCAGCCCCGCAACGCGGAGGUCAAGCGCCGGGCGCUGUGGAUGGUCUGCACGGUCCUGGCCGUGUUCAUCAUCUGCUUCGUGCCCCACCACGUGGUGCAGCUGCCCUGGACCCUGGCAGAGCUGGGUUUCCGGAACACGGACUUCCACCAGGCUAUUAAUGAUGCACACCAAGUCACCCUCUGCCUCCUUAGCACCAACUGUGUCCUAGACCCUGUCAUCUACUGCUUCCUCACCAAGAAGUUCCGCAAGCACCUCACGGAGAAGAUCUACAGCAUGCGCAACAGCCGGCAGUGCUCCCGUGUCACCAUGGAGACCGGCACCGAAGCGAUCGUGCCGCUCAGCCAGGUCCCUGCCAAGGCCCUCAAAAACUGACUCCUGCUGGUUGAGGCCAGGCCCAAAGCUUUGUCCUCCACGGACAUCACGGAUGGGACGGGCUGAGCUGGGAGAGACGGGACAUCAGGGCACCUCCUCCCUGGGCACCCGUGGCCCAUUGGGUGCAGAGGCUGUAUCACCCAGGCAGGGAUGCGGGUGCAGAAUUUGAAUGAACCCCAUCACCUACCUCUGGGGGCACUUCCUGUAAUAACUGUGGCCGGCGACUUCCUCCUGAUCCUGUGGGUCAGAUGCAGCAAGGAAGAAGGUCAGGGUCAGGUGCAGACCUUGGGGGCAGACUUCGAGCCAUCCCAUUCACCCAGCCUAAAGCACUGGGCAACUACUCCCAAGUGCUACAGGCAGAGAGGGGGUUUGGGAAAGGGACUCCCCCUGACUGUGUGGCAGUAUCAGUGGGGCAGGCUUUUGAGCUGGGGUGGUGCCACCUCCUCUCCACCCAUGGGCACAGCUCUUUGUGACGCUUCCCAGGGCAAGUGGCUUGGUGGAACCAGCAGCCUGUCCUGGAUGGUGACCGAGAAGACAAAGCACCCGUAGACCAACAGGACGUGGAUCUGCUUCCUGAGGCACGUGUCUCUCUCUCUAACCGCUGGCCUGGGUUAGCUCUGGAGGCAUAGCAGAGACAGCACCACCACCUCCUCGAUCUUUGUGUCUCAGCAGCAGAUACAGUAGUGGGUGGGCAAAGGCCUCUCAAAGAAUAAUUGGCCAGGACACUCAAUGUCCAGAAGUUUCCCUGGGAGUAGGCUCUUGGGCUGGAUAGCGCCUGAGCCCUUCCCCACCACACUCUCUGGGAAGCCCCCCUAGCCUAGUUUCCACGAGGUGGGAGGGUGGUACAGUCCCAAGCACUGGCAGGUGUGAGCUUCUCUCAAGAAUCUCGAAGUCUGCUUAGGAUUUGCAGCAAAUAUGUUCCAAUGAGCCUGCUUUCCCACCCUGAGACCACUCACACCCUGAGACCAGUACCUGAAGCAGAACCUGCAGCUGAGACUCAGGGGUGGGAGGAGCUCUGUUCUCCUGAGCGUCUGCUUCCCUCGCAGCCAGUGUCCCCGGGGAGCUGGGAGGCUGGCUUCCUGGCUCCAUUGAUGACUGCCUGCUGGGGUCUGGGAUGGCAGCUGUGGGCUGGGCUCAGCGGAGGGUGACCAGAUGACUAGUGCAGCGCUGUGGCGCUUUGGUGCCACACAGACCUGGGGGCUCAAGUCUUAGCUUUGUCACUUUCACUGAAGGACCAGCAAGCUGAAUAUCCUACCUCUCAAGGGUGUUAUGGGUAAGGUAAAACCUUUUUGGACAGUGUGUGCUAAGGCAGACACCUCCAGGUCAAGGUGACUGUGUGUUCCGGGUAUUCUCCUCUCCUGAUGAUUUAGCUCCCUGCAUCCCCAACAGGAGUGGGAAGAUCUCAGGCGGUGCCUAGGCUCAGGGAUGCCUGCUCCGGGCUUUGAGGGUCCCCUGUGUUAAACUCCGAGCUGUGUGUAUGUGUACGUGUGUGUGUGUGUGUGUGUUGGGGGCAGCAUAUGCAGGAAUGGAGGACAGAAGAUGACUCUGCCCAGGGUGCUGUGCCUAGCAAGGCGGAGACCAGUGAACCCAUGGGUGACCGGCAGGGAGAGGGCGCGGCCCCUCCCCGCUUCUCUUCCUCCAGGUGCAUCUCAGUCGCACUCUGCUUUGGGCCGUGUGAAGGUCCCCAAUCAGGACACCUUCUCCCUGUUUUGCUAAAGCUGGUUUGGUGGGUGUCAGACUUGCAACCAAGAGUGGGGGAUGCAGUAAGCACUGAAUUCCAAUCCUUUGUGUAUCCCCGGCCCUUCCUUUUUACGUAAGCUAAUGCCACCUGCCACCAAGAGGUGAGGAGAAGCAUCAAAAUGUGGCCGUGGUGGGCAAAAAAGUCACUUUGUGUUCCCGUGAGGUUCACCUGCUCUGCCCCAGUGACUUGUGCCCUUUGGGAACUGGCUGCAAUGCAUAUCAAGUGCGUGGGGCUUGUAUUCAGGAAGUGCUCAAUAAAGAGAAAGUGAGCGUUCUGA